AUGGUUCAUCCACCCAAUCAACCUUAUCAAAUUCCAGAUGUAUUACCACAACCUCCACAACAACCAAUGAAUAUCUAUUCCAAGCAGGAUCAACAUCAAGGUUCUCAAAUGAAUGCUUCUAUGGUUUCAACCGCAACGAGUGGAAUGGGAACAUCUUCCUACAUGAUGAAUUCUCAACACCAGCAACAACCAAUGCCAGUUCAUUAUCCUUUAAUGAACCAGCAUCAACCUCCACAACAACAACAACCAAUUUUACCACAACAACAAGUUCAACAACAACAAAAGGUUAUGUAUCCAACAUUGAAUAAUAUUACUCCUCCCAUGCAGCAACAACAACCAAUUCUUCCGCAACCUAUGAUGCCACCGCAAAGACCGUACGUGCAGCCAAUGAUGGUCAGUCAACAACAGCCAAUGAUGGUGCAUCAACCAAUGCCUCAACCUAUUGUGAGACCUCCCUCCACGACAACAACCUAUGUAAGCCAAGUGAACUAUGUUCCACCACAACCUGUUGUGAUACAUCCGCCCCAACCAGUGAUGGUUUCUCAGAUGCCACUACAAAAAGGCCGAACGGUUGUGACAACGACCACAACAGUCACACCAAAUCCAGUGAUGAUCCCGCCACCAACUGUUCAAAUUGUACAUGGUAAACCACCAACGAUGCCUCCUGGAGCUAUGGGUUAUUCGACAUAUUAUCCUCAACAUGCCACUCCUGGAGUUCCUCAAACCACUAUUUAUGUCCAACACAAGAAAAAGAAGAGCUCUUUUGAUAAAUUCAUGUUUGGGGAAUAG